AUGUUAGGGGCAAAUAAAGUGGCCAUCUGGGUAGUGACAGGUCUGUUGUCUGUCACGGCUGUCUUCUUCAACCUCUACAUCUUCUUGAUGAGUCUGCGGAACUACAGGCAGAAAAAGCAGUGGAACCCCUGUGAAAUCAUCAUCGUGGCUCUGUCGGUGGUAACCUUGGUUCACCAUCUGAUCUGUUACUUCUGGAUGACCAUGGAUGAGGUGGACAAUAGCUGUCGCAUUGACCAGAUGCCAUACACUGUCAUGCUACUGUUGGUCUUCAGCCUCAAGUUCACCAUCGUGUGGGACACCAGUUUUCUCACAUUCUACUACAGCACCAAGCUGGUGAGCACACCCAAUCAUUGCUACACAGAGAUCCAAGCCGCCAUCCUCAGACAUGUGACCUUAGCUGUUUUUGUCAUCCCUCUGUGUGGCCUGAGCACCUGUAUGCCAAUGCUUGUGGUGUUUAAACCAGACAACUACACCCAAGUGAACAAAGACUGUGGGAUUAUAACACCCAACACCCAAUCUGGCCAGAUUUAUGAAGUCAUCUAUCUACUCCUCGCUGAUGUACUGCCGGGGGUGCUCAUGAUAAAAUGCUGCAUCUCCAUCUCAAUCCACCUGGCCAUCCAUCUCCGCCACAUGAAAGCCAGUACCAACGGCGCCCACGGCCCAAAGCUGGGCACUCAGAUGAGGGUGAUCCGGAUGGCUCUGUCUCUGGUAGCCAUCUUCCUGCUCUUCCUCAUAGUCGACCUGUACGUUAAUUAUCAGAUAAUAGUGAACCACGACAACGCUAUUGUGCUCACAUUCUUGUUCACAGCCAUCUACACGACUGUGACCGCCAUAGUGCUGAUCUAUGGGAAAAAGAGUCUCUGGAAAACUCUGCUCCAUGACUUUAAUGUCUGCCUGGAUGAAUAUCCGUGUUUGUCUUAUCUGAAGGUGCCUGAACAAAAGUCCAAACACAGCAGUGCUCCUGCAAAAUUUAAAAACUGA